AUGCUCCCUUUAAGUUCUGUUGAUUUGACUGAAAUCAAUGUAGAAGAUCUGGAAAUAAAAGGAGAAUGUCUCGCACGAUUUCAACUCGGACAAGGUGCAAUUGCUGACAUCUUUCAUGUGUUUUAUAAGGGACAUGAUGCAGUUCUAAAACGACCGAGAAACAAUUACACGGAUCAAGAGAAAAUAGAAAUUCGCCGUGAAGCUCGAGUAGUUGCUGCCCUGAACAACUGUGAAAAUGUGGUCCGAAUAUACGGAAUCUGUGAUACAAUGCCUUUCAACGGAAUCAUAAUGGAAUACUGUGCAGGACCAAAUCUAUCAGAACUCGUUUUCAAGUUAUACGAAUCAAGGGUUGAAAUGGAGACGAUUCGAAUAUUCAAGUGGUGUCAUGAGUUAUCGAAGACUCUUUGUGAAUUGAAUGUCACUUAUUUUCAUGGAGACGUGAAAACAGAGAAUGUGAUAGUCAAGGAGAGACCUUGUUAUUGUCAGAACGGAGUUUAUAAAGAUGUGACGAUUCGGGAUACGACAUACCAUCUUUGUCAGGCAUGUCAUGGUGUUCAUUUGGAGCAUCUUUCUUUGAAAUUUUGUGAUUUUGGAAAGUCAUACGAGCAUGGAACAAAAGAAAGAAAUUUUGGAGGCACCGCAGAGUUUGCAGCGCCUGAAACAAUUCAAAGAGGGGAAUAUACACAGAAAUCCGAGGUUUAUACAUUUGGACAUCUCAUGUUGAUUCUUGUGAUUGGAUUUCCAACUGAUCAAUGUGCAGAUGGUCAGAGAAGGUUUCUGCAACUGUAUAACAACAAAAAGUAUGAUUUGAGUGGAUGUAAAUCGAAUUCAAUAUGUGAAAUUAUUUCCUGGUGUUUGGAUAAGAACGCGGAAAACCGUCCAACAUUCAAGCAACUCCUCGAGAAAUUGAACAGUCGCUUCGAUCAUUAUAAGAGUUUACGAGGGGAUGACAAGAAAUCGGCAGCUCACAUUGCAAAUAUCGAAAGAGAAGAGUUUUUGGAACAUUAUAAGAUUCCCAGAAAGAUCACAAUGGGUCACAGAACAGUCACAACGUCCACGUUUCUCUCGAUAUCUACGUAUUCAUCGAAUUCUCAAUUGGAUCUUUCAGCUACUUAUUAUGGAGGACCACUGGAUAAUGAUGUGUUCGAAGAAACUCCACUUCCCUCGCCAUCAACUUCUCGAAAAUUCAAUGACGGAUACGAAUUGGCACGUAGUUUCGUCGAGAACACAUUAUACACUGGAGAUGAGUGGGUACCUAGGAAGAAAUGUAACUUUUAG